AUGGCUGCCAUCAUAGAGGCCCAUGACUCCUCCGAGGCUAAUGGAUCGGGCCAUGAAGUGGCUGGCCCUCACGUUGCAUGUCGCGUUGGCGGCCAAUCUUCACCUGUCCAAUAUCAAGGGAUGGUUGAAGAUGUCAACUUUUUCGGAAUGUACUGCCACGAGGAUGAUCUAGCCGUGUCGUCUCGGGAGGACUCUUUGACGUCUGAAGUACCAAGCCAAGUAGUUUUGCUCUAUAACAGAGGGCAGAGUUGCGUACGACAUAGGGAUUACAUGGAAGCAAGAAAGUGUUACCAGGAGGCAUUCCAACUGCUAUCAUCCAAGGAGCUGGGCCAAUCUGAACAAAAGCAACAUGACAGGAGGUGCAGUUUCGCCAUUAAGUUACAACACAAUCUUGGCCACUGUUGCUUUCGCAUGGGGCUACUUGAUGAUGCGUUGGCCCACUAUGGAUUUGUUCUUGAAGAUAGUAGUGCCCAGUUGACACCGCAACGGUUUGCCGCGGGCGUAUCGGACCGAGCAAUAGCGCUCAACUGCACUGCCAUCGUGCAUCAGUCCCACGACCAUUUCAAGGCAGUGGAACUCCUCUCGCAUGCUAUUGCGCUGGCAUGCUCCGCCAAAGAGCCUAGUUGCCUUGUACGCCCGUUCAUGGAGAAUAUGUUGGUUCUGUGUCAUGCAAGUGGAGGGCAACAGGAUCUUCCCACAUGCCCCAUGAGGUCGCUGGUACGGUAUGGAUACAACCAAGAAGCCUACUCAAUGCAAUCUGGAGGUACCGCCAAGGCAGGCGAGAGGCCCAAGGGCAACCAUCGGGUCACAACAAGUCUUCAUGCAUUGGAUGGGGCGCUCCAAUCUGUCUAUCUUUCAGUCCAGGAAGGCUCGCUGGAUGCUUCAGACCUUGUGCAAAUGCUUGAGCUAGGAGGUGACUUUUAUUUUCGCCAUACCAAUGACUAUGCCAAGUCGCUCCUCUUCUACAAGGACGCAGUCUCUGUCGAGCAAGCAACCCAGUGCAGAAAACACGAUGAGUCUUUGAGGGACACCAUGAUGAAACAGCUCAGGGUUCAAGUCGCGAUCCACUCGACUUCUGCCAACUACCCCAUGGCGUUGGCAAACCUGAAGCAGUUGUAUGACAUCCAAUGCCUCGUCCACGGGCCGAACAGUCUACAGGUUUCGGAGACAAUCGGCUCCAUGGGCUGGAUGCAGUUUCUCAUUGGUUGCUACUCAUCGUCGCUGGACCUUUACCAGGAAUGCUUGCGCAUUCGGAUGGGCUCGUCGCCCACGCAGAAGAGAGGAUCGGCCCAGGAGCAGGAACGAGAUAUUGCGUUCAUCUGGAACAUGUUUGGACUCCUCUUCAUUCACCUGAAGGACUUAGACAGGGCUGGUGAUUCUUUUGACGAAUGCCUCCGUCGGCUUGACGGCCCUGUCGAUGACGAUGAGGCCAAUGAGGCCAUUGCUACUCUUAUGUUCAACCACGCAACUGUCGAACUGGAACGAGGUCGAGAGGAUGAAGCCAUCCGCUUUUUGGAGUCAUCCCUGUACCAUGACAGAAAGAGGCUGGGACAGCACCAUUCGGACCUCUGCGAAACAUUGGAAUGCCUGGGUGCACUGUAUCAGAGACGUGGGCGGUUUGAAGAGAGUCUCCAUUACCACCAAGAGGCAUUGAACGUUUCCAAGCUUCUCUUAGUUCAGGUGACACCCGAGUCUCCCUCUGCACACAUCCUGGGCGCCUUACGCAAAGUGUGCCAUCUUUUGAAUAGACUGGGGAACAUUUUCUUGUCGACCGCGGAUCUCCCUUCGAUGAUGGUACAUUUGGUGGAAGCUACACGCUUGGUGGAACUCAUGAGGGUGUACGGAGAGGCGCAAGACGGUGUUCCGUUGAUUGAGGUUCGAGGUCAUUUGCACUACAUCAUCCGGCGGAUGUUCCCUCCAUGUGCUCCCUUGGCCUGA